AUGAACAGCUCUGUUGAACAAUAUUCCCCAAAUUGUUUUGGCACUCUGGGAGGACAUCAGAAUGGGCCAAAAGGAGAUGGGCUGCCCCUGCUUGCUGUCAUCGUAGCCCUUUUUGUCUUAUUGGCUAUCUGCAUCAUCAUGGUUGUCCACUUUGGUCCGGAGCUACGAAAGGUCCAAUUUACUCUCCCUCGGGAGCCCCCAACCCCAAAACAAGAAGGUGGUAUUCAUCUCAUUCAUUGGAAGGCACUGGGCUCCCAACUCGCAAAUGGACCCCAAGAGAACUACAUGGAAGCUCAGCCUUGGCCUGCUGCUACCAGCCUCUGCACCCAUUCCAGCAUCAUGGAGCUUACUUAUCUAUGA